AAAAAAAACAAAUUGUAUUUCUACACCUUGAGAACCAGUGAUAAGAUAAAAUUGUAACGAAAACAGAGGUCUGGAGGGGUCUUCAGGAAGACUUCCAAAAAGUGCCACUGAACUGUGUGAGGCAAGAGAAGAGGCGGAAGAACAGUCCACCCAAAGGGAACAGUGUGUUCAUGGCACAGGGGCAUGAAAGAUCACGGUGUGUCGGAGAAACCGAAGUCAAUCAGUGACUGGAGAGAAAAAGGAAUUUGUGGGGAUGGGGACAAAAAUGUAAGCCAAAGUUGACUUGUUGGGAAGGGCCUUUGGGCAAGAGAUAGGCUCUGAUUUGUGUCACGGAAACCUGUGGUUGCCACGUGGAAGGUGACGGAAGGGGAAGAGAGGAACCUGUUGCAGAUACUCCAGGGAGACGCUUGUGGGGGCAGUAGGAUGGCCUAACCCGGAGCUGGCAGAGUCCCUCUUCUGUUGCCUAUGUCCACCCUUGGCAGUGGGCUUACCAUGGGCCACAGCCCUUUCGUCACUGGAAGGGAGUGCCUUUGGCCUUGGUAUGAAACACAGACAUUUGCCCUGGACACUCUUUGGGGGAUUGUAAUCCUGCUUCCAACAGUGAGGCAGAGUGGAGGAAGGAGGAAGAGCCUACCAAGCUGGUUCUGCUCGCCUGUGCCCUUCGUCGUGAGCUCUUCCCGCUCCCAGGGUGACCAGAAUGGAGCUGUGGCCAGGGGCCUGGACGCUGCUGCUGCUGCUCUUCGUGCUGCUGCUCUUCCUGCUGCCCACCCUGUGGUUCUGCAGCCCCAGUGCCAAGUACUUCUUCAAGAUGGCCUUCUACAACGGCUGGAUCCUCUUCCUGGCUGUGCUCGCCAUCCCCGUGUGCGCCGUGCGAGGACGCAACGUCGAGAACAUGAAGAUCUUGCGUCUGAUGCUGCUCCACAUCAAAUACCUGUACGGGAUCCGAGUGGAGGUGCGAGGGGCUCACCACUUCCCUCCCUCACAGCCCUACGUCGUCGUCUCCAACCACCAGAGCUCCCUCGACCUGCUUGGGAUGAUGGAGGUCCUGCCAGGCCGCUGUGUGCCCAUUGCCAAGCGUGAGCUCCUGUGGGCCGGCUCUGCCGGGCUGGCCUGCUGGCUGGCAGGAGUCAUCUUCAUUGACCGGAAGCGCACUGGGGAUGCCAUCAGUGUCAUGUCCGAGGUCGCUCAGACCCUGCUCACACAGGACGUGCGGGUCUGGGUUUUUCCUGAGGGCACGAGAAACCACAAUGGCUCCAUGCUGCCCUUCAAACGUGGCGCCUUCCACCUCGCAGUGCAGGCCCAGGUUCCCAUCGUCCCCAUAGUCAUGUCAUCCUAUCAAGACUUCUACUGCAAGAAGGAGCGCCGCUUCACUUCGGGCCGAUGUCAGGUGCGGGUGCUGCCCCCAGUGCCCACAGAAGGGCUGACCCCAGACGAUGUCCCAGCUCUGGCCGACAGAGUCCGGCACUCGAUGCUCACCGUCUUCCGGGAAAUCUCCACUGAUGGCAGGGGUGGCGGCGACUACCUGAAGAAGCCCGGAGGGGUGGGCGAGGCCCGGCUCUGAGCUUCCUUCCCAUCCGCCCCCCACCUUCUCCACACCCACCAGCCCAGUGGGCCUGAAGCCGGGCCAAGCCCUCUUCCUCAUCUCCCCUCUCCCCCCUCGUUCUCCUCCUUGGAAUCUUCAGCUCCUGAAGUGAAUGUGGUUACAGCACCGCUCCCUGCCCCCCUCCCCAGCGCCCCCGCCCCACGGACUCUUGCCCAGGUGCAAUCUCUCCUGACCCCCACCUUCUGUGCCAUCUUGUCUGUGGGACAGUUGCCUCCCCCUCAUCUCCAGUGGCUCAGCCUACACAAAGGUAGGAACACUCCAUCCCGCCCCCAGCGGGCCCUCCUCCUUCGUGGUCUCUCGCGCUCCGCCCCACAUUUGCCAGUGAAGUCAUUCAUUCUGUGGAACAGUUCCGCACUCCCAAGUCCAGUGGACACAUCCGUUUAUGAGGAGGACUCCUCACGCUGUGGCUGGAGGCUGAUGCCUGGACCGCUCCUCCCGGGCUCAUCCCAGAAACAUUCCUUCACCCUCCCCCUCCCUCCCGUGGAGCCUCCUGUCAGCGGAGGCUGGACUCUUCUCAGAGGUCUCAUCCCUGCCCGCGUCCAGGUGCCCAGGGUGGAGCACCUGGAGGCCAGUUUGGUCUCCACGUUUCUGCAUCCCCUCAUCCCCUUGGUACAGCUGUUCAGUGGUCCUGGCCCCAGCCAGCGCCCCCGCAGCCCCGCUGUACCACUCUAACCAGACGCGAGGGGAAGACGCAGACCCCAGGUGCUGCACCCACUUCUCCCUGGGGAAAGGGACUGGACCCUGGCGGGAGGGGAUGGGAGGGCUUUUAAUUUAUUUCUCUUUUCUUUUGAGGCUUCCCCUCUCUGAGCCGGUUUUCAUUUCCUCCCGGUGGCAUUAGCCACUCCCUGCCUCCCACCCCAGACCUGUGCCCACAACCAGGGAGGUGGGCUGGGAGCAAAAGGAGAGGGUGGGACCCAGUUUUGUGCGGUUGAUUUUUAUUAAUUAUCUGGAUAACAGCAAGAAACCAAGAAUAAAGAUUGAGAGAGA